UUUCUGACGGACAACAACAAAACGGUCCAGCUGAGUGCCAGCCAUAGAGAGUUAAAGAAGGGUGCCAGCCCAGCUGUGUAGUGAAUAUUGGUCGUAACUAAAUAAGUUAACUUAAGUUGUGGAUUCAAAUACAUUUUCUUUCAGUCCCUUAUGGUUGAAGGGACUCAGUAGACGGUUAAAUGUCUGAUGCAUCAGAACUUCAUAAAAAAGAAGAAAAGGAGGAGGAGGUUACACCUGAACCAGAGGAGCAAUCGGACGACAGCAGUGGGGACGAGGUUGCAGGAGACACAGAGAUGGAUUUCCUGCGGAACCUCUUCUCCAGCACCCUUGGUCUCGGCUCGGCAGACAAAGAUCUGGAUGAGCUGACUCUGGACGCAGUGGCACGGUACAUAAAGAGCGGAAAAUGUAAAAACAUAAUCUGCAUGGUUGGAGCAGGAAUAUCCACAUCUGCUGGGAUCCCCGAUUUCCGUUCACCAGGAACUGGCCUGUAUGCAAACCUGCAAAAAUAUGACCUGCCUUACCCAGAGGCCAUCUUCCAGAUAGAUUACUUUAAGAAACAUCCAGAACCUUUCUUUGCCUUGGCCAAGGAGCUUUACCCAGGACAGUUUAAGCCGACAAUCUGUCACUACUUCAUGAAGCUGCUGAAAGACAAGGGGCAUCUGAGACGUUGCUACACACAGAACAUUGACACCCUGGAGCGUGUGGCUGGGCUCGAGGGAGAGGAUCUAAUUGAAGCUCAUGGGUCGUUCUACACGUCCCACUGUGUCAGCUUCUGUUGCCGCAUGGAGUAUAACCUGGACUGGAUGAAAGAUAAAAUAUUUUCUGAUGACAUUCCCCGAUGUGACAAGUGCAACAGUUUGGUGAAGCCAGAUAUUGUUUUCUUUGGCGAGAAUCUACCUGUCCGGUUCUUCACUUCAGUAAAGAUGGACUUUCCCUGCUGCGACCUUCUCAUCGUCAUGGGGACGUCCCUUCAAGUCCAACCAUUUGCAGGUCUAGUCGGCAGGGUUUCAAAAAGUUGCCCGAGACUGCUUAUUAAUAUGGAGAAGGCAGGGCAGGCUGAUCCUCUGUUUGGGUUGAUGGGUUUUGGAGGAGGAAUGGACUUUGACUCAGACAAGGCAUACAGAGAUGUAGCUCACAUCAGUACAUGUGAUGAGGGCUGUUUGGCUCUAGCUGAGCUGUUGGGAUGGAAGGAGGAGCUUGAAGAAUUAGUGAAGCAGGAGCAUGCCAGGAUUGACAGUCAAGACAAGAAACAGAAGGCCAGUGGGAGCAAAGGAGCAGCAGCCAAGGCCAGCUAUGCAUCAGUAGCACCAGAGACAGAAAAGGAAGAGUAACUUAUGAAAAAGCUCCUUUACUAAAGAAAAGCUAAUGUAGUGAUGUCACCGUUUGGAGUUGGCGCUUAAAAGGAGAUGAUGAUACCAGGGUUUUUGCUUGGAAGUGCAGCUUCGAUGCGUGUCAUACUCUCAUUUUCCAUCUGCAGACAUUUAAUUCUCCUAAAGAAUCUCACAGGUUGCGUCUGGUUAUGGUUAUGUUUAUAUCAGUCAUUUGCACUUUACUGACAUUAAUCUACUUUGCUAAUUUGUUUUUUUCAGUAGCUCAAAUCUGUCUCAGCUGUAUAUUUAUUGCUGAGGAAGUUAACUGGGCAGAGUUCUUACAGGAUGUUUAAAGAGUUUGGGAGGUAGUAAAUAUUUCUUAAACCCCGGCAGUUUGAUUAUGAGUUUGCUGAUUUAUAGAACAAGCUACUGUAUUGUGUCUGAAUCGAAUGAUGAGCACAUUUGAUUGUGUGAUGUGGGCCCAGACAUUUCAACUCUCUACCCUUUAUUAAGUUGAUUUCCGUUUAAGCUCAAAAGAUAACCAGGCUUUUGUAUAUUUACCCUCAAGCCAAAAUCUGUUGAUCUGAUUGGUCAUUGACGUCUUCAAGGUAACAAAUGUUACACAAAUUCAAUUUCCAGAUAGGCGAGCUAAGGUAGUUGUUAAAUGUAACAGACAGACACACACAUCUGAAACCUUUUAAAUUAACACUUGUUUUUCAUGUUAACCUUCUGCUCCUGUUGACUUUGAUUUCUGUCAUUUAUUUUAGCGAUGUUUAUGAGGCAAGUUAUGUUUUCUUAAUCUUAUGGAACAAACUACAUGGUGCAUAACAUAAGAGUAACUUUGCUCACUCCACAGGCAGGACCUUAGUUGAUUUUGCUAUUUAAUUCUUUUUGGAUAGUCAAAGUGCUGAAGAAACACAAGAAGGUUUAACUAACAAGGUUUCUAAAAUAAGGUGUAAUUUUGUUCAACAAGUUUUUAGUAGGAUACUUUUGGGUUAUCUAAAAUAGCAUGACUUGUUGCAUCAUAAAAUACAGGGGGUGGACGCGGUUACAUUAUCAUCUAUGCCAAAUAAUGGAACCCAAUAUAACAUACUGCAAUAAAUAUGACCUUUGUUAUGUU